GGAAGUGUUAAUGAUUCAAGUUAAGAAAGACCUUCACUUCCUCCUUCUGUGCUUGUAGGGCUGGGCUGCCAAGGAGACUGCAGCGUCCUCCCUGGCACUCACAGGCAAAAUGGACCAGGAAACCCUGGGAAGCGUUGUCCUCCUCGCCAUUGUCACCUUGAUAAGUGUUGUCCAGAAUGCUUUUUUUGCGAGCAAAGUGGAGCAUGAAAGCAAAUACUGCAAUAGCAAGGCGUUCCAGCGAUCAGGAUCCUCUGCCUUUGAUCGCGUCUACACUGCCAACCAGAACUGCGGACAUGCAUACCCCACGUUCCUCGCUGUGCUCUGGUGCGCUGGACUUCUCUGCAGCCCAGCUCCUGCCGCCUUUGCCGGCCUGAUGUACCUGUUUGUGAGGCAGAAGUACUUUGUGGGCUACCUGGGGGAGAGGACUCAGAGCACUCCCGGUCACCUGUUUGGAAAGCGCAUCAUUUUGUUCCUGUUCCUCAUGUCCGUGGCUGGAAUACUCAACUACUAUCUCAUCUUCUUUUUCGGAAGUGACUUUGAAGUGCACAUAAAAACCAUAACCAGCGCGAUCUCUCCAUUGUUGCUCAUACCCUAGCUCCCCAUAGCACUGAGGGGGUCAGCAUGCUUAAUGUAUUGAUACCCAGAAGCAGCCAUAAUUCAACUGUUUAAGAAAUGAACCCAUAACCCUUUUAGAUUGCUGUAAAUCUCAUGCUUGAUGGGCUUUGUAGCUUGAUUUAACCUUGCUUUUUCCUUCAGGAAAAGAUUUAUCGUGAGCACUCAGCAUGCCCACAGAAUGGUAACAUCUUCCAGUUAAUUCUUUGGAUUUUUUUUCUCUAAACUGCAGUUUUUGAGCUGAUUGCAUGACUGGAAGGGACAUUGUAUGCUUGCUUUGUAAUUGUGUUGUACUUAGCUUUUGCUUCAAGACCCAGGAGCCCCUCAGUGUUGUUCCUGACCAAUGGCUUCUGCAGUUAUCCUCAUGCACAAUCAGAGCCUUCUGCCAGCAUCCCACACACCUUGGCCCAGUAAAGGCAUGGACCAGCCUCUUCACCUACCCUUCACCUCCCACUUGGUGACCGAGAUUCUGCUGCUGCAGGGCAGCAAACUGACCUCUGUCUGGUCUUCCUUGAUAAAUAUACAUGUGUGUAAUGCUCUUGACACUGAUCCCAGCCUUUUUGUUCUUCCAGAGAUGUGGAAAGGGGUCUUGAGUAAAUGAGAAGCUGGAGUAUCGACAGAGGGGUUGGAUUUGAUUUGCUUGGCUUUGUUUAAUAAAACUAUAAAAGGAAGAAAUCUGUUUGCUCCCAUCUUCUAUGCCUGGUGCAUGAUCUGUGUGCUCCACAACCCAGCAGCUGGCUGGUAAGCGGAGUGAGAGCAGCAGCACCAGGCUCAUUGCAGCCCUGCAUAGACACAAGUUUAACAGCUCCCUCUCUAUGAGCAAGUUCAGUGUUCUGCCUCUGUCUCUAACAAUGUGUCCCUACAAGUCCAUACCGAGGAGCGACUGGAUUAGAGAAGAGGACCGAGGCAGGCAAACAGGCCGGUGCAAUCUUUCUAAGCAUUGCUACCCUAUGAGUGCUUAAGCUUUUAAGCCUGUCUGAUUGCUGCAUGCAGGGUGGAUAAAGCUGUAUUUUAUGACUCCUUUGGGAGGGACAGAGACAGAGACUCCUCGCUCUGCUAGAAGAGGGUUUGCAGAG